AUGAUGAGGACCUGCUUCACCUUGGCCUUGUGCCUCACUGCGGUCUAUGGGUGCCGUGACAAUCGACUCAAUCUGAGACGAACAACUGGCGAGGAUCCGAUCAACAGCGAUCAGACUGUGAUGCCCCAGCUCACUGAUUUCGCACCUCUGGUUUCCAUUUCGGUUAAUCGACUAACUGUUAACGUCAACACUUCAGCACCAGUCGUUGCUGAAGCCCCUCCCGCACCAAUCAUAGCUACCACUGUGUCUAGCACAGUGUUAGUAAUUGCCCGAGACCCCACCAAUGCAUACUCGGCAUACUCUGGUCUGAAUGAUUAUGGUAUACCAUACCAGUUGCUGAUAGUUCCUGCCCAAGGAGCAACCCUCCCCAAGCUUAAUGAAACUUCAACCCAAGGCAACUUCGGUCUCAUAGUCGUGCAGUCAGAAGUCAGCUAUCUCAACCCCAAGACAAACACAUAUGGUAGUGCCUUGACCGAUGCACAAUGGGCGUCAAUCUACAGUUAUCAAACGUCGUUCGGUGUUCGUUUGGUUCGAUUGGAUGUUGCUCCGUCAGCUUCAACGGGUACAGCAUCACUUGGAGGCUGUUGCAACACAACCGAACAGCUGGUCUCUAUUUCUAAUGAUGCUGGAUUUACUACUGCUGGACUCAAAACUGGCGCAACGCUGGGGACACUCGGGUUGUAUCACUAUCCCGCUAACAUCACAGACCGCACAAUCGCCACUGAAUUUGCUCAAUUUGAUGUCGCUACCGCUGAAGGCUUCAAGUCGAAGUCAACCGCUGGUGUUAUUAACAAGAUCAACGGAAGAGAACAGAUGGUAUUUUUCAUUGGCUCUUCUACUGACUGGAGCUUGACUUCUAAUUUCUUGCAACAUGCUUGGGUUCACUGGGGAACUAGAGGCCUUUAUGCUGGAUUCCGCAGAGCGAUAUUUACUCCACAAGUUGAUGAUAUCUUCUUACUUACUCCACUGUAUGAUCACAACACAACUGAGUUUCGCGUGCGAGGAGCCGAUUUGGACAAUCACGUGGCAUGGAUUCCAAAAAUUACCAAGAAACUUAAUACUGGAAGUUCUUGGUUUAUGGAGAUUGGGCAUAAUGGAAACGGAAAUAUUGAGGAAACUGAACUCACCCAAAAUGAUGAAAGCCUUUGCAAGCCUGGCGCAAUCGAAUACGCUGAUCAAGUCGACACACCACUAGAAUUUGUCAAGCCAUUAGGAUCAGGAACGGAUUUGUGGCCUGCGAAAAUGGUCACUUACGCCAAAGAUGGAAAAUACACCUCUGAUUGUAUUGAAAACGACGAGUUGAUGCAAUGGUUCAUGGAUUCUGACAAUCUCAACUCAUUUGCCCACAUUUCUCACACGUUCACUCAUAUGGAUCAAAACAACGCGACCUAUGCCGAUGCAUUAAGAGAAAUCACGUGGAACACAGCGUGGCUUAAGUCUGCUGGGCUUUCUAAAGCGAAGAAAUAUACGGUCGAUGGUAUUAUUCCUCCAGCUAUCACUGGUUUACAUAACGGAGAUGCACUUCGAGCUUGGGCAGAUGCCGGUAUUAAGCAUGUGGUUGGAGAUAACACUCGUUCUAUUCUUCUAAAUCAGGAUAAUGAGCACUGGCCAGUAAUUUCAAAUAAAGCCAUAAAUGGAUAUGAUGGUAUCCAGAUUAUCCCGCGGUGGGCAUCAAACAUCUACUAUAACUGCGAUCUACCAGCUUGUACAGUAGCAGAAUGGCAAAAGUUCUCAUCCGGAAAAGGCGAUUUCAAAGAUCUUCUGGUGCUCGAGAAGAACACCAACGUCCGACAUCUUCUCAGCCUCCGCCAUGAUCCUUUCAUGUUCCACCAAGCCAACAUGAGAGUAGACGAUGUUGCAGACACUACCGUGAACGGAGUCAAGGGACAAUACUCGCUCUUGAUGGCAUGGGUCGACACAGUAGUAACAGAAUUCGUACGCUUAGUGAAAUGGCCCGUUGUUUCCCAAAAACAAGACGAGCUUGCAGCAUCAUUCAUGUCCCGUAUGAACCGAGACGCAUGCAAACCAGCCCUCAGCUGGACAAUCGACACCACCGCCAAAACCAUCACAGGCGUAACACUAUCCGCCAAAGACCUCAGCUGCAAAGAAAAACUCCCAGUUACACUUCCCGGCCCCGUUUCCAACGUGCAAGGCGCAACGAAGGAACAACUCGGCUCUGAUCCUCUAACACUCUGGGUAACGCUGACCGGCAAACCUGUCACUUUCACUCUGACUACACCAAUACCGCUUUCAGCGGCAUAG